UUACAUUUAUCUCAUUCAUACAUCUGAACAGUUGAAGGUCAAGGGCCUUACAGUGGAAGCUUGGCUGUGAUGGGGUUUGAACUCAUGACCUUCUGAGCUUCUUGAAGAAGGACUAAAUUCAGUAUUUAGUUACAGUAUGACUUACUCAGUAAUAGACCAGAUGAAGAAUCUUAGACAUUCUUCCAAUAAAUCUCUCAACACCAGCUCAGUGUGUACCCAUUGUACUAUUAAUUUUAAAAUUGUACGUUUAUCUUCCUCACUACAGUAUAUCUACAUCACACACCCUUUACGAUCCUCUCCCGUGCACUGUGUUUAAGCGCCUGCUCAGAUUUCUUAGAGCCUUUUAAGGAUAUUGAAGGUGAACUUCAGCGAGACUUGGCCCCACUAACGGCCGUGAUGAUGUGAUAAGAAAAGCAGCUACAGCCUUCCUCCUGCCCUGUCCUCCAAUCACACAUUGUGUGUGCAUUCAAACGGUCCAGCGGUGAUUCCUUCCGAACUCCAAGUGUGUAUAAAUAGAGCCCGAGAGGACUGCACUGGUAUUUAUUACUGUCUAGCGCGCAGUGCUGUUGUUUAAUAGGCCAUGUGUUCUCCAAGGAAAACGGCGACUUCUGCUGCGAUUAGAUUGCGCCAUAAAUGUAUCAAGAACUUGGAGCCCAGUAUGAAAAAGGCGAGCAGGCCCACAGGCGCCUCCAGCAAAACCACCACAGCCACUAAACCCCUGGGCAAACCCGAGCCCAGUGGCACUAUGGGCACCGGAGGGAAGAGCACCAGCAAGAACCAGAACUCGGCCCUUCUGUCUAAGACGAAGAGCAACGAUGACCUUGCAGCCAUGAGCGCAGGAAGUGGAGGCGCCUCGGUGGGCAGUGGCAGCAGCACUACAACGAGGAGCAAGAGGAGCACCAGUUCCACUCAGAACAACACAGAGACAAAGACCAAGGCCAUCUCGGGUUCCUCAGGAAGGCGUGGGAUGUCCUCUGCAGUAAAGGAACCUGGAGUGACACGUGAGAAAACCAGCACUGCCAAGAAGCAGUCUGGACCAUCUAACUCUGUGGCUUCGAAGCGUUCUCGCUGUCGCACGUCAACUGAGUCUGAAACCCAGGCAAGCAAAUCACGCUAUGAUAUCAGCAACAAAGCAAUGCUGGAGUCAAGAGUAAAGGACUUGCUGGGCUUGGCCAAAAGCAAAGACCUUGAGAUUCUGCACUUGCGUUCUGAGUUGCGUGGGAUGAGGGCUCAGCUGGGUCUGGAGGACCAGGAAGCCCCCGAGCAAGAAGAGCAGUGUGAGGCCGAGCUGCCACAGGAGAAGGAAGCUGUAUCUGGGAUAAGCGCUGCUGAUGUGGAGUCGACCCUGCUGUUACUGCAGGACCAGAACCAGGGCAUUCGUGGGGAGCUCAACUUGCUGAAGAGUGAGAACCGAAUGUUAAAGGACCGACUAAAUGCUCUAGGAUUCUCAUUGGAGCAGCGUCUGGACAGUCCUGAGAAAGGACUGCACUGUGCCUCUCUCAGUCCUGAGCCCACAACCAGUGGUGGGGGCAGCAGCAGUGGUGGGGAUGGAGGGACUCGAACCUCCUCAACUGAAGGUUCUGCCAGGGGUUCAACCGAGGAUUUACUGUCGGAGGCGAGACGAGUAGGGUCUCCGGAUGUUCCGGACAGUGAGUGCAGUGAACCUUGCCAGGCUGUGAUGUCUAGUGAUGAUGCCCUGGAUGCACCAUCUGGUUGCGGUUCGUCGUCAGAGUCAGAAGGUGGCUCGCCAGGCCGAAGGCGCUCGCGCCGGGGAAGUAGUGGCAACGCUAGUGAGGUCUCAGUGGCCUGCCUGACUGAGCGCAUCCACCAGAUGGAGGAGAGCCAACACAGCACAGCAGAGGAGCUUCAGGCCACACUUCAAGAGCUUGCAGACCUUCAGCAGAUUGCACAAGAGUUAAGUGCAGAGAACGAACGCCUGGGUGAGGAGCGAGCCAUCUUGGUGGACUCACUGCGCCAGCAAGGUGAGCGGCUGGAACUCUAUAGCCGACAACUGGACUACUUGCGUGGCCUGCUGGAUGAGCACCGCGUAGCUUACGCCAAAGAUGAUGAGGAUGCCAAGAGCAGUCGCUACAUGGAGCUGGAGCGGCGCUACAGCGAGUUAAACGAGAACUCACGCCUUGAGAGGGAGCAGCUUCUCGGUGUGCAGCAGCAGUUGAGCAGUGCGCUGAAGAUGGCUGAGCAGGAGAAUGCUGAGUCGCAGGGCCUUAUGGGAGCCCUGAAGGAGCGUGUGCACCUCGCGGAGAGGGCUGCCGAGCUGGAGCGAAGAGAACGCGAGGCCACUGCUGUUGAGCUUCAUGGCAUGAGGAUGCAGUCUGAGGAUGAGCAAGCCGAACUAGCUCGCUGUCGGCUCCAGCUGGAGCAGGAGAGGCAGAGAGUGGCCCAACUCCUCUCCAUCCAAGGUGCUGGGGACAAGACUGACAUACGCCACCUGCUGGACAGUGAGAGAUUAGACAAAGAGCGAGCCGAAACUAAAGCGGCAAAGCUGCAGGAGGAACUGGGGCACACUCGCAAUGAGGCUGCUCAGCUUCAGGAUGCAAUUAGAAAGCUGGAGGCAGAUUUCCAGUCGUUCCGGGACGAGGUGCAGAAACAGCUAGCUGAGCAGAAGCAUGUUCUAGCGCAGCAGUGCUCAGAGCUGGAGGAGAAAGACACAGAGAUCGCUGACAUGAAGGAAACCAUCUUCGAGCUAGAGGACGAAGUGGAGCAGCAUCGAGCCGUCAAACUCCAUGACAACCUCAUCAUCUCUGACCUGGAGAAUUCUAUUAAAAAACUUCAUGACCAAAAAUAUGACAUGGAAAAGGAGAUUAAAACGCUUCACCGUAAACUCCGGGAGGAGUCAGCAGAGUGGAGACAGUUCCAGGCUGAUCUCCAGACUGCUGUGGUCAUUGCCAAUGACAUAAAAUCCGAGGCUCAGGAGGAGAUCGGGGACCUGCGGCGCCGCCUACAGGAGGCUCAGGAGAAGAACGAAAAGAUGAGCAAAGAGCUGGACGAGCUCAAGAGCAAGAAGCAGGAUGAGGAACGUGGGCGUGUCUUUAACUACAUGAAUGCAGUAGAGAGAGAUCUGGCUGCAUUGAGACAGGGGAUGGGGCUCAGCCGCCGCUCUUCCACCUCAUCAGAGCCCUCGCCCACCGUCAAAACCCUCAUCAAGAGCUUCGACAGUGCCUCCCAAGGCCCUAUUCCCGGCACUCCAACAUCCGCUGUUCCCGCUGUAGUCGCCGCUGCUAUUUCUCGAACCCCUCUCAGCCCAAGUCCAAUGAAAACCCCUCCCGCUGCUGCCGUGUCCCCCAUUCAGAGACACACGGUCAGCACGCCCAAAGCCCUGUCCUCACUGGUGGAUAAGAGAAGCAGCUACUCCGAGCUCAGUAUGCCGGUUUCUCGCAGGAGCAGUGAGGAGCUAAAGAGGGACCUGUCGGUCACUGAUUCACCAAACCCCACCUCAAUCAUCAAUUUAGGCUCCGCCUCCCCUCAGCUCUCUCUGUCCUCAAACUCCUCCUCCCCCACAGCUUCGGUCACGCCCACUACACGUGGCCGUCUACGCGAGGAGAGGAAGGACCCACUCGCUGCUCUGGCCAGAGAAUACGGAGGAUCAAAGCGAAACGCUCUCCUCAAGUGGUGUCAGAAGAAGACAGAAGGUUAUCAGAAUAUAGACAUCACUAAUUUUAGCAGCAGUUGGAACGAUGGUCUGGCCUUCUGUGCUGUGCUGCACACGUACCUGCCAGCUCACAUCCCAUACCAGGAGCUCAACAGCCAGGACAAGAGAAGAAAUUUCACGUUGGCCUUCCAGGCAGCAGAAAGUGUGGGGAUCAAAUCUACUCUUGACAUCAGUGAGAUGGUCCACACAGAGAGACCUGAUUGGCAGAGUGUGAUGACGUACGUCACCUCCAUCUAUAAGUAUUUUGAGACCUGACUCAGAGCCAUCUCUCUCUCUCUAUGUUCCAUAGACACCUUGUCACACUCGAGCUGAAGGACUGCUUUUACAGUCACAGCUCUGCAGGUCUACUCGUUAUCACUCAUUAUAAGCUACUGUUCCUCUUUAAUCAGGCAGCGUGUGUAGCUUCUUUAUUUAAUGGCAGGCCAUAAUUAUUA